AUGCAGCUGUUCAAUAUCUUACAUACAGCACAGUACAACUGGCUGCAGCAGCCGCCGCCGCCCGAGGACUCCGCCGACGUCACCAUCGCGCGCCUGCCGUCCGGCGACCGCUCCGACAAGCUGCAGUACAACUGGCUGCAGCAGCCGCCGCCGCCCGAGGACUCCGCCGACGUCACCAUCGCGCGCCUGCCGUCCGGCGACCGCUCCGACAAGCUGCAGUACAACUGGCUGCAGCAGCCGCCGCCGCCCGAGGACUCCGCCGACGUCACCAUCGCGCGCCUGCCGUCCGGCGACCGCUCCGACAAGCUGCAGUACAACUGGCUGCAGCAGCCGCCGCCGCCCGAGGACUCCGCCGACGUCACCAUCGCGCGCCUGCCGUCCGGCGACCGCUCCGACAAGCUGCAGUACAACUGGCUGCAGCAGCCGCCGCCGCCCGAGGACUCCGCCGACGUCACCAUCGCGCGCCUGCCGUCCGGCGACCGCUCCGACAAGCUGCAGUACAACUGGCUGCAGCAGCCGCCGCCGCCCGAGGACUCCGCCGACGUCACCAUCGCGCGCCUGCCGUCCGGCGACCGCUCCGACAAGCUGAUCCCCCAAUCGCUGGUGCUGAGCCGGAGCUCGAGCAAGCGCAACAGCCCCAAGGCGAGCGCGCUGCCCGACGCGCGCCGCCCGCCGCCCAAGCUCGACAAGCCCGAUCCAGCGAGGAUAGGGUCGAAGGGUAACCACCUGUGGAUGGGACCUCCUUACCCGCCCCGUCGUUUGCCAAAGAAUAAAAAGACUGAUUAG